ACUACUUGUUGUGGUUUGAGUUGAGUGCGGCUGCGCUCGCCGUUUAUGACGUCUGCCCGAGAAGAGGGGGACAGAUCGAGAGCGGAGGACUGGAGGAAGGUGAAAAACAGCAGCAGUCCGACCACACCGGGAGGGGAGGAGUACUACAACCGCAACUCCUCCACACGGAACAGCUCUCCGGCCGCUAGAGCAGCUUAUCUCAGGAGGGGAGGCUUCAGCGCUGACCGAGAGCCGUGCCCGCAGUCCGGCUGACCGAGCGGCUAGCUUCAGAUCAGCCGGCUGAACUCAGCGCAGCGCCGUUAUAUGAUCCACCUCCCAGCGGCACUGCGAGUGUUACUGCCCUCCAUGUGGGUGAGGGACCUCUGUGUGUCGGAUUAUGGCGAGAAAAACAGUUAGCAGGAAAAGGAAGGCAGGGGAGCUCAAGGAACAACAGCUUGAUUGGUGCCAGUCUGUAUAUAAGCGUGCUCGUGUGUCGUCACUGUCGCGGCAUGCCCAGCAGUGGUGGCAGGGUCGUCAGUCCGUGGUUUGUGCUAUCCGGGGACGGGAGUUCCGCCCGCAGCAGCAGCAUGAGUGGAGGUUCCAGCGCAGCUUGCGUGGCUUUGCUGCCGGACGCAUCCCAGGUAUUCUCAGAGAGCGAGAGUUCUCCCUGGGCUGCCUCAACAAAGUGUUCGCCUCUCAGUGGCUCAAUCACCGCCAGGUGGUGUGUGGGACCAAGUGCAAUACGCUGUUUGUGGCGGACGUCCUCACAGGACAGAUCACCCGCAUUCCCAUGCUGAAGGACCGCGAGGGAAGGGGAGGGGGCUCCCUGGGCAUGGGAGUGAUGGGCGGCCCACUGUUUCAUGCCCCGGGCUCAGCCGCUGGACUGGAUGCCCAGCAGGGCUGUGGCAUCCAUGCCAUCGAGCUUAACCCUUCCCGCACCCUGCUAGCCACUGGAGGAGAUAACCCAAACAGUCUGGCUGUCUACCGACUGCCCACCCUAGACCCAGUCUGCGUGGGGGAUGACGGCCACAAUGAUUGGAUUUUCUCCAUUGCCUGGAUCAGUGACACAAUGGCUGUAUCGGGUUCUCGGGAUGGCUCUAUGGGUCUGUGGGAGGUGUCUGAGGAGGUACUGGACCAGGCUGAGAAACAGCAGGCUGAGGAGGGAGUCCCCUGCUAUGCCCAUAUCUCCCACCGUGCCCUUAAAGACAUCCCCAAGGAAUACACUCACCCCUAUAACUGCAAAGUGCGCGCCCUAGCCUUCAAUAACAGCCAUAAGGAGCUGGGUGCUGUGUCUCUAGAUGGGUAUUUUCACUUAUGGAAGGCUGAGGACAACCUGUGUAAGGAGCUGUCUACCAAGCUUCCUUACUGCAAGGAGAAUGUGUGCCUGGCAUACGGACUGGACUGGUCAGUGUAUGCUGUCGGUUCCCAGGCACACGUGUCUUUCCUUGACCCUCGGCAGUCCUCUCAGAACAUCAAGUCUGUGAGCUCCAGGGAGCGCGGCAGUGGGAUCCGCUCUGUCAGCUUCUAUGAGCACAUAGUGACGGUGGGUACAGGCCAAGGCUCCCUGCUCUUCUAUGACAUCAGGGCCCAGAGGUUCCUUGACAGUCCAUCCUGUUCAUCCGGCGGCUACCAGAAGCGCACUGCAGAUGGCAUCCUUAAACUCACAACAGGGAGAGGCUGGCUGAACCAUGACGAGACGUGGAGAAGCUACUUCUCAGAUAUCAGCUCCUUCCCCAACGCCGUCUACACACAUUGCUACGAUGACACGGGCACCAAGCUGUUUGUGGCUGGAGGACCUCUCUGCUCUGGGCUGCACGGGAACUACGCCGGCCUUUGGAGCUAGCCUUCACCCAUCCAUCCAUCCAUCCAUCCACCCAUCCAUCCAUCCAUCCAUUAAUCCAUUCCAACAGCAUUCUCUCACCCUCACUCUCACACACCCUCACCCUCGUCGUUAUUGCUCCACUGUGCUCACUCCGCAUCUGCAGCACUUUUCUGUCUUUUUUGUUUUCUUCUUCUCUAUUCUCAGUGAGCUCAGGAGAGUGAAACAUGAAUCAUCUUCUCAAUUCUUUAAAGUCUGUGACCUGUUGUGUCCUCUGCCUCAGAUUUUUCUCUCUUUUUUUUUUUUCUUCACCCGUUUUUUUGUCCUCCUCGGCUCCUUGUUUGUUUUAUGUCUGUAAAGACGAUGCAAAGCUGGGAGUGGCAUCAGCGAGGUGCUCUGUUUGGAGUUGCCUCUGAGAACUUUGACGAAGUAUUAAAUAAGAUAUUAAAAUAUUUAACAGCCAGGAUGGGUGGAUGAUGUUCUUGUUCUUUGUUUCGUUUCGGGUUUUUUUGUUAUUUCGUUUCUCUGUGUCCUGAGGACGAUAAUGCAGCUGAUGAAGCUAUUUGGUGGCCCUGUGUUUUUGUUCAUCUUUGGCUAGCAAUGGACUGAAGUGCGAAGAAGAUGGAACGAUAGGAGAGACUGAUUGGAUGUGAAAUUUGACUCUGUUUGGGAGAGAAGAGCGAGAGAACCGUCUGAGUACCACCUUUUACUGUGCCAUAAUAUGCCCUGGUGGUCACAGACAGAUUGGGAUCCACAAGACUGUGAUGAACGUAUAUGAUGGGUCCACAGAAAACCUCUGGAGCAUGAGCUCAGACAGCAGUCAAAGGAGACUAGUUCUUGUUGUUUUGUUGCUUUUAUUUCACCUGCUGGUGAGAGGAAAUGAUGACCGAUUCAGAACGUGGCCCUGUGCGAAUUGAUUCGUGAUUUUUAAUUCGAUUUGAAUUAAUUUGAGGGUCCUCUCUGUUUUUUGAUAUGUGAUGAAGAACAACUUUAAUUUGACUGUCUCUACUUUGUAAGUGAGACUUGAGUAUAUACAUAACGUUGGAAAUAAUAUUAAUUUUUGUUUUCUUUCCCCCCCCCCAGAGUUGACUAAUUUAUUUUCUCCCCUUGUAAGUCACUAGCACUCAUGGUGUUCAGGUACAAUCAUUUUUGUUAGCAGUGUGUUGCUUCUGAACGUCUACCAGUGGAAGAUUCUUCAUCUAUACUUCCUCCUUUUCAGCAGAAGCAGGGUCGUAGUGAGUGACUUUGUUGCCUUUCCUGAGUCUUUCUGUGAAAGACUGUUUGCAGGUUGAUGUUUUUUUUUGGUUUUGUUUUGUUUUUUUAAAACAUAAAACCUUCAUAAAUUCGUUUGCAAAAAAAAGGUAAAAAGCUAGAACAACAGCAGAUGUGAUAACGACCAUAUAUUAGACAAAUACCCAUCACUUUUAAAACGUAUUUUAUAUAUAAAUGUGUGUAUACGUAUUUGAAAUCUUAUAGAGGGUUAAUACAUUUUAUGUACAUGUUUGAGGAUGUGUGUGCGUGCGUGUGCGUGCGUGCGUGUGUGUGUGGACUAACCGUCAUUAUUUCGGUGGUGCCCUCUUUUUUUAUACACACUACAUGAAUGUUUUUACAGAUUACUGAAGUCUGAAAACAUACAUUUUCAGAAACAACAAAAACAAGCGACACAAACAAACCCAAGAAGUUGUUUAAAGAGAAAAUAAUGAAUAAAAGUCUAUUGAUGUAUUUUUCUUCCAGUU